AACUACCGGAAAUGAAGCCGCAGAAGAAGAAAUUAGCAACAGAGAGGCAUUAUGGGUAGUGUUUCUUUAAACGAUGCGUCUCUCUACAGCUAACUUGAUAAACAACUACAUUUCCCGUGUAUCUUGUCAUGAACCCACAAAACUGGAAGCAGUAAUGGAAUUUCCUGAAGAUUUCAAUCAGCUUGAGCUUCUGAAUACACACGGGCACCUGAUCCCCCGAGGGGCCAGCAGCCUGUGGACUGGUAGCAAGGAUGAGGAGGAAGAUGUGGAAGAUGAGGAGGAGGACCGCAGUGAGGAGUGGUAUCUAAAAAAAGAAGAAAGUCUCAGAGACAGACCAAAGGAGCUGAUUCUGUGGGCGGCGGAAAAUAAUCGCCUUUCAACAGUUAACAGGUUGUUAACUACUGAUCCGUUACUGGUCCACUGCUGUGACGAGGACGGUUACACUCCACUGCACCGCGCAGCAUACAGCGGUCAUGUUGACGCAGUUUCUGCUUUACUCGCCGCCGGGUCGAAGGUUAACCCUUGCACCAUAGACGGCUGGACGCCCCUCCACAGCGCCUGUCGCUGGAGCCGCGUCACUGUGGCGAGUCUCCUCCUGCAGCAUGGAGCCGAUCUGAACGCCCAGACCAACGGUGGCCUCACGCCACUACACCUGGCUGCUUCUCAUGCCAGCUCCUUAAAAACAGACUCAGCUCACACGUUGGAGCUCCUCCUGUCUCAGCGACACCUGAAGCCAGGCCUUCGCAGUAGUAGCAGGGAGACGGCCAGUGAGGUGGCCCGACGUAGUGGCCCCCAUCACUUCCUGUUUGAAAUGGUAGAAGACUGUGUCAAUGCGGUGCCCAUGUCAUGAAUGAAAAUAUAGGUGUACACAAUUUCUCACAUUUAUCUUUUUACCCUCAUCCAAUAUUUGCAAGUAGAAUGGACAGCAGGUACAUCAAAGUUUAUUUUGUAGAUACUGAGAAGACAUGAACUUGAGCAUUGUAUUAAUUGCCAUUCAUUAUUUGAACUUGUAUAUAUGCAUGAAACUGGUCAUUAAAAAUGACUUAGGCUGUACUACUUGAGGAGAUGCAACUGGGCUUAAAAUGUCUACUUAAAUAAAUCAUAUGAUGUUGUGGUUUG